AUGUAUGCAAAGGAAGAUGCAGCUCAAUAUCAAUCACCACGUAUAAUCGAGCACCCGACAGAUUUAGUAGUGAAAAAGAAUGAACCUGCCACACUGAAUUGCAAAGUUGAAGGCAAACCGGCGCCAACAAUUGAAUGGUUUAAGGACGGUGAACCUGUGAAUACAAAUGAGAAAAAAUCUCAUCGUGUACUUUUCAAGGAUGGCGCCUUGUUCUUCUAUCGCACGAUGCAAAGCAAAAAGGAACAGGACAGCGGCGUUUAUUGGUGCGUUGCAAAGAACCAUGUGGGCAAGGCUGUCAGCCGGCAUGCAACCCUACAAAUUGCAUACUUACGUGAUGAUUUUCGUGUCCAGCCUAAAGACACACGAGUUGCCAAAGGGGAAACUGCUUUGUUGGAGUGUGGCCCACCAAAAGGCGUACCAGAGACAUCUCUAAUAUGGAUGAAGGAUGGUGUACGACUGGAUGACUUAACUCCGAAAUCUUAUGGAACCACAUCACGUAUACGCGUUGUCGAUGGUGGCAAUUUAUUGAUAAGCAACGUCGAACCAAUUGAUGAGGGCAACUAUAAGUGUAUCGUACAAAAUUUGGUUGCCACUCGAGAGUCCAGUUAUGCCAAAUUAAUCGUGCAAGUGAAGCCUUACUUCAUGAAGGAACCACAAGAUCUCACCAUUUUAUCUGGAAACACUGUGCAAUUUCAUUGUUUGGUUGGCGGUGAUCCGCCACCGAAAAUUCUCUGGAAGAAGGAAGAAGGCAACAUACCGGUAUCACGCGCACGCAUACAACAUGACGACAAAAGCCUUGAAAUUACCGACAUAACACCUGCCGACGAGGGUACCUACGUCUGUGAGGCGCACAACCUUGUUGGGCAAAUAAGUGCACGCGCCUCACUUACAGUACACGCUCCACCGGUCUACACUGUUAAGCCACAGGAUAAAAAGGUUGGUCUCAAUGGUGUUGCGCAAUUUGCUUGCGUUGCCGAUGGCAAUCCACCACCUUCAGUGUUUUGGACAAAGGAAGGGUCCUCAACUUUAAUGUUUCCCAACAAUUUAUAUGGUCAUUUGCAUGUGUCCAAAGAUGGUACAUUACAAAUAAAUGGUGUCCAAAAGGAAGAUGCCGGCUACUACAUUUGUUCGGCCAUCAGUGUAGUGGACUCAUCAACCAUAAGAGCAUAUCUUCAAGUUACAUCAGUUGAGGAUACGCCACCACCCAUCAUACAAAUCGGCCCAUCAAAUCAAACAUUGCCUAAAGGCAGUGUUGCUAUGUUGCCAUGUCGAGCUUCAGGGAAUCCAACACCACGUGUAAAGUGGUACAGAGAUGGUACAACUCUGCAAAAUGGCAAUCGUUAUACAAUCGUACAGGGUGGCUCACUUAGAAUUGACGAUUUGCAAGUGAACGAUAGUGGACUUUAUACAUGCACUGCUUCUUCGGAAAGUGGCGAGACUUCUUGGUCGGCAACUUUGACGUUAUGUCAAAUACGUUAG